AUGUGUUAUGUUGGCAAAGCUACUAAGAUCUUCAUCUUCAUUGUUACCGUUUUGGUGGUUCUUGGUCUAGUUCUUGGCUUUGGAUUUAUGCGUCAUGGCCUCCAAAAAUCCCACAAGUGCUCCGGAAACUCCUGUUUUUCUCCUCCGGUUGUCUUUCCCAAUCCCAAUUCCGCCACUCCCGGCGGCGCCGCCCCCAUCUCGGCCUCCAAUCAACCGCAGAACCCACCAAACCCACCAGAUUCCAAUCCCAACCCACCACCUCAAAAUCCGAUUCCGGCUUUUCCACCUCCAUCUGAAGCUACUCCGGCUUCUCCGCCUCCGCCUGACGUUAUUCCGACUACCCCACCUCCGCCUGAUACCAUCCCGAAUCCCUUACCACCGCCGCCACCGCUGCUGCCGGCAUCUCAAUCUCCACCUCCCCCAGAAACCGAAGCGUCGCCACCAUUAACUCCACCCAGUACGACGCCAGUGAGUCCAGGUCCAAUGCAUGUUCAGCUGCGAUCGUCGAUUCGUAAGACCAAUAAGAAGUUCUGA